UUGUCAAACAGUAAAGUUUCAGCGGACACCUCCAGAGCAAAGUGCGUCGGAUAAUUGGAGCUGCGGCGGCAAAUAGGGGACAAAUACCGAGGCGUAUGGUUGAAAAUAUUAAGCCCUAACGAACCCGUAGACUGUCACCUUCGCCUUGAGUUAAAAUUGAUCAAACGGGAAUUAAAAACAGAGAGAGCAAAUCGAGCUCGGACAUCAUCACCAUUAACACUGAUAGCUGGAACGUCUGGAGAACUUAAAAGCAGCCUGUGACCCACAGCCCCUGCUUCUGAGAAGCCCUUGCCGAUAUGACGCUAAAAGAGUCAACGACUUUUCAAUAAGCCGGAGGUACGUCUGCGCUGCCUCCCGUUCAGCAGCAUCCUCUAACACGUUGCUCACACGACGGCACUAACCGGAAGCAGCCAUGCAUCUCGAGGUCAAGGUGGCCCUCAACUUUAUUGUGUCCUACCUUUACAACAAGCUGCCUCGUCGUCGGGCCGACCUGUUUGGUGAGGAGCUGGAGAGGAUACUGGUCUCCCGCUUUGAGGGACACUGGUAUCCCGAGGCCCCGCUUAGGGGAUCCGCUUUCCGCUGCAUCCACUUGGGGGCGCCGAGGGACCCUGUGGUGGAGCUAGCCGCCAAAAGAAGUGGACUGGACACGGAGGAGGUCCGCGCGAAUGUCCCCGCAGAGCUCAGCGUGUGGAUCGACCCUUAUGAGGUUUCCUACCAAAUUGGAGAGAAGGGGGCAGUGAAGGUGCUUUACUUGGAGGACCCUCCAGGCCUCGGUUGUGAUGGCGAGAGGGCUGAGGCGGUUAACGGAGAAGGCAAAGGAGAGGCGGAGACUGAGGAGGCCAAGAGCCUGGGAUUUAAUCCAGAUGCUCAGGUGUUUGUGCCAAUUGGAAGUCAAGCAUCUCCAGCACUCAUGCCAUCCAUCUCAAGCUCUCCCACACCUUUGACAGCUCAGCCUGGGCUUUUUAGCUACCCCAGCUCCAGCACACCUACUGACCCUGGUGUCCAUUCAUCCAACACUUCCUCCCCUUCUCCUCCCAGUGGUGGGUUGUCAUACCUCCCGACUCAGCAGCCACCUCAAGCCCUCCCUCCUGCCCGUCCACAGCCCAUCACCUUCACCACCGCGAGCUUCGCCGCCACCAAAUUUGGUUCCACCAAAAUGAAGAAGUGCACUGGAGCCGGGUCGCCGGCCAGCUCCGGUGUCAUUGUCCCGUCUUCGCAGAGGAUGCUGUCCCGCUCUCCCACCACCAUCUCGGCACCAGAGCUGCUAAAGCACAAGCCCCUGUCGCUCUCUUUGCACUCCCUUGGAGGUCCGAUCCCCAGCCAGCUCUCCCCUAGCGCCAAAGAGUUCGUCUACACGGGAUCCCCGGGCCCCUUUUUCUUUGACGCAGACACCCAACCAAUGCAGCCACAAGCCAGCCCUUUUCAACCCUCGCACAACCUCGGCUCCAAUCCGACCUUCGACCCGUUCGCCAGUCCUUCUCCUCAAAGCGUGGGCAUCCUCAGCAGCAACGGAGGAAUCCCUUGCGUGGAGAAACCGUCGUUUGACGGUUUAGGAAGCUACAGCCUGCAAUAUCCAAGCCAGUCUUUCCAACCUGUGGUGCUGGCCAACUAAGCCUUCAUCUGGAACAAAAACACUUGGACGCAGACAUGGGUGACUCUCCACUUGUUUUCAGUUUUUCUAACAAGAUAUUAUAAUGCUAACACGCAUCAAGAGUGGGUUUUGCUACAGAGAUUAAAAAUGAUAAUAAACAUCUCCCUAACGUACAUUUUGUUAUGUAUCUCUACAUGACGUUCGUUUUGCAAGGACUCAUUCACAUCAACGUGGAUGGUCGGGGAAGCGAGUUUCUUUCUACGUUUCUUUUGUGACGUGAAACAUUUAUGUCCCACUCCUCCGUCUCUAGAGCAGCUUCAUUUUGCACUGCACUGUCACGCUGUGAAAAAAAAAGAAAAAAAAAAAGGACUUUGCCAAGUCCUGCAGGGAACGACUGCUGUGGAAAACUCAGCACUUUGCUCCGCAAUCUGCUCUGCCCUACUUGCCACAAAUACACAGGAGAAGGCGGGGUGGCGUGCGAGCGCGUGUCGUCCUGCUCCGUUUUGUUAUGGUUGGACCGAGGGAAGGGUUGUUUGUCUCCGUUGUCGUCGGAUGCGAUGCUCGCUAUCAGUGGCUGGAAUGAGCGGGAAUGAAGGAUGGGCGGGCGGAGGGAAAGGGCAGCGCUGGAGAAUGUAUUGUCCGUCAAGGAGAAAUUUGCUGGAGGAAACCUUUUUGAAUGUAAAUGAGAAAUAAAUUCCAGUUUUAACAAUGCUGAUACCUCUAAUUACAAAAAGGGGGAGGGAGACAAACGCAGGGAAAUGUGCAGACACAAAUGCACCACACGCAUCGAAGCGCGCGAUGUUCCAGUCAGCAGUGUGCGAAGGUGAACGGGCGAGGAGCAGGAGGUUGGGGAGGGGAUGCAGCAGCAGCGGCAGAUUGUGAUAAAUGGCUUAGCAUGACUUUGACUAUGAAGGAGAGGUUUUUCCUCUGCAUGGAGGAACAGGGAGGGAGACGGGGAGAGAAACUUCUCGACGAGCGCGUUGCCUCUGCGUCGGCCGGGGCGUACUGGGAAGCGCGCGCGUUCCGCCUUGAAACCCAGAGCACGUUCCCGGUGAAACGAAAACACUACACUGUUCUCUCCUCUCGAAAUUCUCCUGCUGUCUGUUUCUCGAGCCGUUGCAAGACUUUUAAAAAAGAGAAAAAACAAGAAAAACAUUACUGUAAAGUCCCAGGUUGGUCAGUCUUUUUUCUCAGCUGCAAAAAAAAAAGAGGGAGAGAAACGACGAUAAAGAACCGACGUCUGUGUGCACGGCUUUGUCAGACGUGCGGCUCUCUCUCUCCCAGCAUUGUAUGUUGUCAUUGGUUCCCGCAGGGAAAGGUUAACCUCCACAUGUCCAGCCGCUCAGCACUUUAUCACUGGGUCUCCUGAUGUCACCGCAGCCAUCGGCGCCAAACCCAUCUUCUACCCUCGCUUCGUCGUUGCACACUUUUAUUAAGAAGACCUGAAUAACGUUGGAAGGUUAUUAGAUUAGCCUGACUUGCAUUUCAUUGUGUUGGAACAAUUCCAUCAGGUUUUCUUUUCUUAAAUAUUUUUGAGUAUUCUGAGGUGUAGUCGUUUAGUUUUUCUUUUCUUUUUACUUUUUGUGCAAUUAUAAUUUAGGUUAAAUUUGGCAUAAGGAUCCAAAAAUUGGAGGUUUUUGUUUUGUUUUGUUUUUGAGAAAAUUCUGGAUAUUUUUUCUAAAUUAUCAGUUUAAUAUGAUGGUUAGUUUUUGGUAUUAUCUUGCAUUUGUCUUGGUUGGGGACUGUGACUCCAGGAUAGUGUGUAUAUAAAGUUCUCAUCUUCAAAUUCUUUACUUUUGUACGUCCUGAAGUUAUCCCUUCCCCAUUCCUCCAAUUUUUUUUUUUUUUUUUUUUUUUUUUUUUUUUUGGGAAACGUAUCAUGAAUAUAUGCAAACUGAGACAAAAUAAAGAUGUACAGAAUAAAGUAUUGAAUGUGUAUUGUACCUUGUACAGCAUUUGUCUCGUAAAAGACGGGUAAAUGUAUUCUCUUCUUGAGUUUUUGGGUUUUGGGAAGUGAACGUUUACAGUGAGGACUGUGCAGGAAAAAGAUUGCCGAUAUCACUCUGUGCCCUCCUGGGACAAAUAGUACUAUUUUACGAGUAAACCAAAAAUCAUCACACUUAAAAUUUUUUUUUUGUCCCCUUGUUUUUAUUUAUAUAUAUGUACCUUCAUUAACCUUGUUUUGUCCAUCUGUGCACUCUGACAUACAGGGUUUUUUUUUUUUUUUUUUUUUUUUUUUUUUUGCUUUUCUACAUUGUUGCAUUUCAAGCUUCAAUGUAUUUGUGGGGUGCUUUUGUGACACACUUUUCAGAUUUGUAUCUUUUUAAGAAAAGACCAAACUGAAGAACUGUUGGGUAUCAAUAUGUUUGUUGAUCUCUUGCAAAAUUCACCCGAAAAUGACAUUGAAGUUGCUGUAGUCAGCUUAUUGUGACUAAAUUCUUUGCUUGAGCAUGAUUUAUUUUAAUUAGAAAAGCCCCCCUUUUUAAAAAAAUUUUCAUCAUCAUUCCUCACAGGAACCUUUUCGGGUUCUUGAACGAAAGCCAUAUUGCCCUCAGUCUUUCCUUACGCUGACGCUCAUCCUGUAAUUCUUCCACCGCCCUUCAAGAUUCAAGGGGGGAGGGGUUUCUACCUCUCUGCACCCUAGAAAGCAAACCCCCCAGGAAUUUGCUUCCAGCUCUGUAGCAUUCAGUUGUGAGACAUUUGAGGUGGGAGAAAACAAGGUAUGAAGUGACUGUGGUCCAGAUGCAAUUGCCCACCCUGGUUUCAGUGGCCUGCGGAAACGAGAAACUGCACAGAGCUACGCGUGUCUGAAAGAAAAACCGAGAACCGUUCCGGAUUUCUCUUCACUUCUGAGUUUUGAUGUGGCAAGACCUGCUUUGGACGGGGGGUUUAAAACGCAGGCUGUCCUGAAAGCAGGGUGGAUGAUUGAUGAAGAUGGAGAAGAAGUUUAUUUUAUUUUUAUUAUUUUUGUAUUCUGAUGUCCUUUGCUUGUCCCACUGCGUGCAGUUUAUUUUGCACCUGGGACUAUUUAAUUGUGAUAAAAAAAAUUAUAAUGAAAAAAAAGAAUUUUAUUUUCUAUGUAAACUUUAACAUGUAAAAGUUAAUAGAUUAAGAGUUUAAAUAAUAUAUAUAUAUAAAUAGUGCUCUGUUUCCUCCCUGUAUUUUAUUAUUAUUAUUUUUUUCCCUAUUUUGUAUCUGACCUGUACACCCUGUAGAUGUCCAAUGAACCUUUCACUACCGGAAAUGCAAUGACCUGUUUUCUGUGCCGCCCCUCUGGGAGAUGGGGGGGUUACUACUGCAGUUUCUUAUUGUAUCAGAUUCUUUUUUUAAGUUUAUAAUAAAUAGAAAAAAAACAAGACUGGCAAAGGAGAAAAAAAAAAA